AUGGCUUCGCUCCGCCGCCUCUGCCUCUGUCUCUGCCUCCCGCUGCUGCUGCCGCCGCCCGCGGCUCCGGCCCCGACCCCGGCCCCGGCCCCCGGCACCGACUGGGCCGCCUGUAAGAUCCUCUCCCGGGACCUGUCGCGGCUGCUGGCGACCGUCAAAGAACCGCACCCGGUGCUGGAGGAGAUGCAGCUGAGCGAGGAGGACCCCCAGAACUGGCCCCCCCGGAUCCUCUGCAGCGACGCCUGUGACCCCCCCACACUGGACACCAACAACACGCGCUGCCUGCACCGGAUCCUCCAGGCACUCCAGCACUACCGGGACCUGCUGGGCUCCGACAUCUUCAGGGAGCAGCCCCAGCCCCAGCUGGAGACCACGAUGGACCAGCUGCUGGGCCUUGUCCAGCAGCAGGAGCACGGCCACCCCCCCCGGCACCCCAUGGACCCCAGCAACAACUGGUCUCACGGGCUGCUCCGGCACCUGGCCCUGAACCGGCUCCGCUCCUUCGCCGCCGUCAUGAGCCGCGUCUUCACCCACAGCGCCGGCGCCCGCUGA